UACAAGUCCCUAGCCCUCUGAGUGAGAAAAGUAUUCCCAAGGAGAAGUGCUGUACUGUAGUUUAGAUUGUUUUCUUUGUCAAUUACCAGACAUGGAUUUGAUCAGGAAUGGCUGGUUCUCGGAGAUCAAUAACCUAUGGCCUGGUCAGGCAAUGAGCAUCGAGGUAGAGGAAGUUCUUCACCACGAGCGCUCGGACUAUCAAGAUGUUCUUGUCUUCAAGAGUAAAACGUAUGGCAAUGUAUUAGUCUUAGACGGUGUCAUUCAGCUGACGGAGAGGGAUGAGUUCAGCUAUCAGGAAAUGAUCACACACCUGCCAAUGUUCAGCCAUCCCAAUCCGCAGAAGGUGCUCAUCAUUGGCGGUGGUGAUGGUGGCGUUGUCCGUGAAGUCCUGAAGCACGCCACCGUUGAGCAGGUCGUGCAGUGCGAAAUUGACAAGAUGGUGAUUGAUGUGAGCAAGAAGUACUUGCCCUCAACAGCCUCGUGUUACUCCAACCCCAAGCUCUAUCAGCAUGUUGGCGAUGGAUUCGCUUUCAUGCGCGAGCACAAGAACGAGUUUGACGUGAUCAUCACCGACUCGUCGGACCCGGACGGCCCUGCAGAAUCCCUGUUUGAGCAGCCUUACUAUGAGCUGAUGAAGGCUGCCCUCAGGCCUAAUGGCAUCAUCUCCACACAGGGUGAAUGCAUGUGGCUGCACUUGCUACUCAUCAAGAAGAUGCUGCAGUUCAACCGUGGCCUCUUCCCUACGGCUGAGUACGGAUUCACAACCAUCCCAACAUAUCCCAGUGGCCAGAUUGGAUUCAUGCUGUGCUCAUGUAACCCAGAGACAAAGUUCAGUGAGCCAGCAAGGACCAUCACUGAUGCAGAGGCGGACGCAAUGGAUCUGAAAUACUACAGCUCUGCUGUUCACCGUGCUGCAUUCGUCCUUCCUAGAUUCGUGCAAAAGGAAUUAUCUGGCCUAUAACCAGCAUGGCAACACAUGGUCAUUCCAAUAGGACCCACUGUGAAUCAACUACUAGCUCCAACUACAAGAGUCGUGUGCAGUUGGAGAACGAGACGUACAAGCCCACAAGGAUAUCACAGUGUGAUGCUUCAACGACCGCAAUUCUGAGCAACAGAACGUUCUCAUUCAGCUCCAGCUGCAUGCCGCGCAGUCGUCUCAAGCCUAAAAUUCUUUAGCUUUGCGACUGCUUUGCACACCUGCGUGUGUGCCCCCCUCUUGUCAGUUCUGACUUGAUCUCCCCUCCGCUUCUCAAAGCCAAGAUGACGUUACGAAAUGACCUGCUAUAAGUUAUUGGACCCCUCGGGUCGACUUUAUAUUUCAGUUCAUUUCAAUUCAGCGAUAGAAUGAAAAACGACUUUCAUUUUUAAAUAAAAGCAUAAAAAGGA